AUGUCAUCUUCCGCCUCACAACCCAAGGGCAAGACUCUCAUCAUCGUGCACGAUGUCCUGGGUACACUCUUCGACCUCUCCGCCCCAAUCGCGGAGAUCAAGAAGCUCUUUGCUUCACAGCUCGGACCAGACCCCGUGGUCGCAGAUCGAUAUGCAGAGUUGAUUGUCAUGGACUGGUACCACGCAGGUCAGAGGGACUUCUCUUUCCUGUCUCUGAACAGCGCAUACACCCCCAUCGGGACCGUCUUCAAGUCUUGCCUGCCGCGAGUCCUACUCCAAGCAGGCCUCGUACCUCCUUCCUCCUCUGACCAGUCUUCCAGUAAGCCAGUCUCAGCUGAAGAGCUCAAGCAAACACGCCUCGACCUCUCUUCUUCUAGGCAAGGGGGAGGAGGCGAUAAAGCCGUCGAGGCCUUUGCAUCAGUGACCGAGGAAGUCAUGGCCUCUCUGCAGACCCUCACCCCACGUCCCGGCAUGACAGAAGCUUUUCGUCAGGCUCACCGAGCCUCCCCAGAACAUGGAGGACUGGCAAGUAUCCGUCUCUGGGGAGCAACAAAUGGCUCCCUCUCCCUCGCCGAGAAGCUCUUCGAAAACGCAUCCGUACCCACCAUCAACAGCACAGGCGAUGCAGGCGGAGCAGCAGUGAAUGCCGGUCUGUGGUCCUGCGACGAGGCAGAGGUGGCCAAGCCUGAUCCAAGGGUGUAUGGCGCUGUCAAGAAGCGAGUCUUGGCCGAAGCUGGACUAGAAGGAGCUUCGGAAAACGAAUACAUCCUCUUCUUUGUCGCGAGCCACUCUUGGGACGUCGAUGCAGCUAAGCGCGCAGGAUUCCACACGCUCUGGAUGACCUAUGAGGAAUUUUCCCCAGCGUCGGGAAUCUACUUGGAACCCGACCUGCGCGCCAAUGACCUCGUCGAGGGAGCCCGUCUGAUUCGCGAAUGGGUGGCCAAUCACUGA